AUGGAGCAAGAGGUUAAGUGCAUCAAAACCAAGCUUGCUGUUGGCUCCUGCGCCACCAAGAAAAUUAAAUUAUAUAAAAAACAUAAUAUAGUACUAGUAUAUUUUUAUGUUCGUUCAUACACUAAAUACUUGCAUAAUUUAUCGGACAACUUGUUUGUUUCAAUGUCUCUUCAGCUUCAGCUACCGCUUCGUGGCUGCGUUGGUCGGCGCGUGAAACCAACGACGUGCUCGCCUCGUGCACGAAGAGUCAAAACCUUGGCCACUCUAUCACAACCCCAAAGCGACGGUGUUAACUGGGUGGAAGCAACUUCAAGUUUCUUCGAGCAAGACAAAAGACCCAUCAUGUUAUUCGACGGUGUAUGCAAUUUGUGUAAUGGAGGAGUAAAGUUUGUUCGUGAUAAUGAUCGAAAUAAGACAAUUAGAUAUGAGGCACUUCAGAGUGAGGCAGGUAAGAUGUUACUCAGGAGAUCAGGAAGAGCCCCUGAUGAUAUCUCAAGCGUUGUUCUUGUUGAAAAUAAUAGAUCAUACAUAAAGUCAGAAGCUGUGCUGAAGAUAAUGGAAUACAUAGACUUGCCCUUUCCUCAGCUAGCAUUUCUUCUUCACUUCAUGCCUCUGUUUGUCAGAGAUUUUGUUUAUGACAACGUUGCAAAUAACCGUUACACCGUUUUCGGUCGCUCUGAAUCAUGUGAAAUCUAGCAUCAUCCUCGAAGGAAUACUAGUUAUAACAGUAUUUUGUUAUAUAUGUAAAUGUACUGUAAAACAUAGCAAACAAGCUUUAACUUGAUAUAAUUGUUUCCAAAAUUGUUGUACCAUGAUGAGUUGUUCAAGCAAAAACUAUAAGUUGAGGUUGA